AUGCCUUUCGAGUCUAGGACUUCCGUGAAAAUACGGGCGGCUUUUCCUCCACUGGAACCAAGUGAGCUAGCUAAGGAAGCCGAAAAGUUCGAGUUCAACCCUUUGAUCCCGCUAAAGAACUACAUUGGUGCUUUGGAUACUUUGUAUCGUGAGGGAAGAAAUUAUUUGAACGAGCGCAACUUUGCCAAGGCGUACUUGCUUCUUUUUCGGUUCUCGAUCCUCUACCUCGAUAAAGUCUCCUCUCUCCCGGAAGCCCGAACACCAAGAGGACGUACGCUACUGAAGACAACGAAGAGGAGAAUAAAGGAUGUGCUGGUGGAACUAGAGAACAUUAAGCCAGAUCUGAUUGAGGCGCGAAACCGAUGGACUGCCGAACAUCCUGAAGCUACUUUGAAUCCAAAUGCCCAAUACGAAGGAGCAAAUCAAGAUUUUGCUGCGCGGGAUGCCGCACUUUCGUGGAAUAUCAAGGCACAAGCCACCCUCCUCGAUGCAUCAUGCCAUCAGGACUUUGCAGUUGAUCUUGCAACAGAGGAGCUGAGCCGAAGACAAGACACACGCCGCCAUGGAGUUUCAAAAGAGGGGGAUAUCGGAUGGGGAGCUGGGCGUGAGCUCGGUACUGGGCGUCCACUUACGGUGGCAGAAGAAUCAACCGGCUAUGGUUAUGCUGAUGAGAGAGAGAUGCGAUGUCAGAUGGAGCAAGCGAGGCGCCGGUUGGAUCGUCGCGAGGAGGGCGAUAUAUUUUGGAAACAGUUGGUCGGUUUAGGAGAUCGAAAAAAUCAGCCUGUGCCAAUGGCUUACCACUAUCCAUCGAUUUCGAGGUCAGCCCCUCCGCAUUAUGACACGGGCCAAUCAGCCAGAGACCAAAAGGAAACCGGCUCCCCUCCUGGCAUGAUUGGAGUGCGGCCUCAACUACCGCCAAAUGAAGGUGCCUAUGCCGUAUCUCUGCUGGAUCGAUCCGCUCCACCUGUUCCGCCACGGAGGGAGUUGGCCCCAUCAUCCGGAGAGCUAGUUAGACAUCGCCCUUUUUCACCAACCAGUGGUUACCCAUCACCAUACCCUCCGCGUCUACCACCAAAGGUAGAUAGCAUUGCAUCACCCCCUGAAAAGGGGACAAUCACUUUCCGGCCCGCUGCUUAUUUGGAAGAUGGAAAGCCUAUACGACCGAUAUUUGUGCCCGAGGGUCUGCGCAAGGACUUCGUGCACAUGGCAGCAGCAAACACACACAGAGGCAUAGAGACGUGUGGCAUUCUCUGUGGCACAAACAUCAACAACGCGCUUUUUAUUACGUGCCUGCUAGUCCCUGAGCAAUAUGGCACCCCAGACACGUGUGAGACCACGAACGAGGCAGCAACAUUUGAGUUCUUUGACGAGGAAGACUUACUUCAAAUAGGAUGGAUACAUACACAUCCAACACAAACUUGUUUUAUGAGCUCGCGUGAUCUACACACGCAAGCUGGCUACCAGAUCAUGAUGGAAGAGAGCAUCGCCAUUGUGUGUUCACCCAGCCAUGAGCCUUCCUGGGGUGUAUUUCGCCUUACCAAGCCACCAGGAUUGCAGCAUCUUCUAGGCUGCGAGAAAACCGAUACAUUUCAUCAGCAUUCACUUCCGGCGGACGCCCUCUACGUAGAUGCGAAGAAUCCUCCAGGGCAUGUUUUCGUCACAUCGCGUAUGAAGUAUCGAAUACAUGACCUGCGCAAGGAAGCUUAG